AGGUGGCGGACGUUGGCGCCCAUCGGCCCCGGGAGCUGAACGGAAGCGGGGGUCGUAGAGGCUGCCGGGCGCCGCCGGCAUGUUGCUCUUCUGCCCGGGCUGCGGGAACGGGCUGAUCGUGGAGGAGGGUCAGCGCUGCCACCGCUUUGCCUGCAACACCUGCCCCUACGUGCACAACAUCACCCGCAAGGUAACAAGCCGGAAGUAUCCAAAGCUGAAAGAAGUGGAUGAUGUGCUCGGGGGAGCAGCUGCCUGGGAGAAUGUCGACUCUACCGCAGAGCCGUGUCCCAAAUGUGAACAUCCUCGAGCCUACUUCAUGCAACUUCAGACCCGCUCUGCGGAUGAGCCAAUGACCACCUUCUACAAGUGCUGCAAUGCCCAGUGUGGGCACCGCUGGAGGGACUAGGCCUGGCUCGCUGGCAGUUGUAGCAGCCUGUUUACUGGGUGCCGGGAUGGGUUCCCAGCUGGGAGCACAAAGCGCAUCCUGAGUGCUGUGUGCCUGAUUGUGGUGGCACCUCACCCUGAUGGGGCGGGUGCCAGGGUGUCUGGAAACAUGGCCCAUCUGCUGGUCGUGUUUUUGUAUGUAGGGGGACACUCAUUACUACACAUGCUCCUUGUCAGGUCCUGCUGGUUUCUUACUACCUGUGUUGGGGAACUGACAUUCCUUUGCCAUCAGCCAACACUCUUAAAUGUUUAAUGCUGUUUACACAACUAGUAAAGUGAAGUUUAUUAAUUUA